GGGGUCGGACAGCUGCUGCUGAGGCCAUUCAAAACCAUGACGCUCGUUUUCAACGUUAAAAGUUUGAAUUUCUAACCUACAAUUUUAGUGUUUUGGUGAAAGUUCCGGGCGGAAAAACCGUUAGUUUCGAUUUCGGUACGGUUCGAAGGACCUAAAAUUGUGAUAGUAUUUAUUGAUGGGGUUCGUAAUAAUAGUAGAUCUUUUGUAUACCUUUUAAAUAAACCGGUUCAAAAGAAAAAAAACCUAUUGCUAAACUAGACUAGAUAUAGCUCUAGGGUUUGUUAAGUGAAAUGAAGCUUUUGCCUAUAUCAAAUAAAUAAUAUUUAAGCAAAUAACUCAUGAACUCCAAUGUGCAAACAAUCCAGAGCCAAUUAAAUAAUAUUUUUGUUUGAACAUUAUUAUCAUUGUGUCAACAGUUGCAUAUAGGAGCCUAUAAGCUUAGGAACAUUAAAUUUCAGUUAGGAUGCUAGUGACCCCACAAUUGACUGGUUAUGGGUAAAGUCAAACAAACCCAAACAAAAAUGGCAGAUUUAGUGACCGAUAGACGUAAAACUGUUAGCUUGAAGCGAUCGAAAUCAGUGCGGGCUUCGCUCAAAUUUAUCAGUGCAAAGUUUCUAAACACAAACUCAAACCAUCAUGAUAAUUUGCUCAACAAAACACCUUCAAUGUCAAGUUUGCAAGAGUUCUUCAAACCCGAAAAACCGUCUAGUAAUUUCAUCGAGCACUACUGCAACCAGCAACCUGUCGAGACAAUUCUAAAAACCCCCAUGAUCAAAAUAGACAAAACAAGAUCAUUUAAAAGGGCCGAAAAACUAAACAAAAACCGUAGAGACCUUUUGGAUGGUCACGUUAAAAUUUCGACUCCGCCUGAAGUGGUAGCGCCGAAAGCGGCUCAGCUCUUGCAAAUACCUUCGCAGAAGAACGGAUUGAGGAGGAUUCAUAGCGAAAAGUGUCCUCAGCACGGGAAAUUCAGAGAUCACAAUUACGAUUAUAGGAAUGAUGGGUUUCAUAGGGGACAGUUGAGAUUGUCGAUCGUUGCCAAAAGGAGAAAUGUAGUGAGGAACUUGUCAUUGUCGGAUGACGAAAAUAAAAAACUGCCAGGUCUUUCGGCAGACCUCGACAUGGAGGUGGCGAGCAUCCCCCUCAGCCGGGGUCUCCCACCUCCCAGUCUCAAGCCUAGUAAAAAGGAGGCGAAACUUAUACAGCAAAAAUUGGAGAAACUCGCUAGGAUUAAUAUACAUUUGCAUGCAUUAUUUUCUGCAGUAGAGUGCGGACAUUUGGAGAAGGCCACAACUAUAUUGGAAUCUACCGAUGCUGAUAUAAAUAGUGUCAACUCAGAAAUGCUAUCUCCAUUAGACAUUGCCGUUCUAAGCAAUAACCGUUCCAUGGCCAAAAUGCUUACUUCCUUCGGUGCCAAGGAUGGAAAUCAAUUUCCGACUCCUGAAAAGCUCGGAUCUCAUCUGCGACAAAUUUUAUGUGAGGCCGAGAUGCGCUUGCAAGAAUUCGGAGGCUUAUUGGAAGAGCCUCUUAUAGGGCUCAAUACCAGAGCAUCGUUUUCCAGUAUGUUGAGUGCAGGCUCUUCAUCUUCAAUGACAGGUUGUGCAGGUGGUGACACAGAAAAACAAGCACUAGCCUGGGGCAGAAAAGCGAAAACCUUAAAAAGACUGGUCCUAGGGUUCACACAAGCCAGACCACCAGACCUACCGUCCAUUGUAGCCCUAGACAUCACAGCCAAAAAUGUAGUCAGCGUUCGAUUGGCCGAGCCCACUUCGCAAGACUCGCAUAUAACAACCAAAUUUUUAGUACAAUGGUCUACACGUUCGGAUUUCUCUAUAAUUUCCGGUCAUGAAGAGCUUACAGACAUGACAAAUCUCCGAUGUCAUAUAGAGCUAACACAAGGAAGACGGUAUUAUUUUCGAGCAUGCUGUGGCAAUUUGAAGGGAUAUGGUAUGUUUCGGGCAAGUACUCCUGCUUCAGUGGUACCGUCUACUUGGAGAGAGAUUGAACAAAGAGGGCCAAGAUUUGGUGAAAGUAACCAACACUUGGACCAACUAAUAGAAGAAGUGAGACAGUUCAGACCUUCCACUGAAAUGUUGGAUGCGGCUGGACCGUCACAAAGGAGAGCUCAAAGAAAAAAGACUACCAUUAAACAACUCUUCACUGCAGCUAGCAAGUUUCAGAAACACUUAAAAAGGGGUAUUCACUUAGCUUGUAUCCUUUACCACGAAGACAAAGUCCUCGUCACCAACGAAGAGUUCCUUCCUGUGAUAGAAAUCGACGAAACUUUUCCUGGUUGCAUCAGCAACGACCUCCAUUGGUUGAUGAGGGUGGCCUGCACUUGGGACGACACUAAAUCCUUAAAAUCCGUUAUGGAAGAACACACUUCGUCUACAAUACAUUUCAGAACCAAACUUCUACUAGCAGCUCUGCAAAUGCAAUCCUCGCUAUGUCUACAAGACCUCGGUCAGCUCUACUAUAAACCACUAAGAGAUUCCCAAGGCACUGUAGUCAUUAGCACCAUAAAUUACGUUAAAUCUCCAAAAAGUGUUAGUGUGUUGAACUCGAGAUGGCUACCGAUGAAUAAAAUUUUCAAAAAGACUGUUUUGAGUGAUGAUAGUAACAUAUCGGAUGUUCUUAUGGCUAGUAUACAGGAUCAAAUCAAUUUCCAUCAAGUUUCCAGCUUGAAAUUGAACAGAGGAUUGUAUUUGGCUUACCUAAAAAUGCAAAGCUCUGUCGAUAUGAUUCAUUUGGUUGUUUCAUCGAAAACGCCCAACAUGUUGCCGCAUUGUAAAGUUAGGGAUAAUCCUCAUGUAUCAGCUGAGGAAUGGGAGUAUCUGAAACAACAACACUUGCCGGACGUUUUGGAUAAUGCCUCAGAGCUUCAGCGCAACUUCCUAGAGCUAGUUACUAGUGCUGCAAAACGUCUCUUCAACUAUAUGGAUAUUGCCAAUGAUGAUGCCAACACCCACAGGCUCUACGACACUGAAGUAAUCGAGCUGACCGAUGAUGUCAGUUUUAUCGUUAUUUGUCCUAGUGCUGAGUUUUCCUGCGCCGUGCCUGGUCAAAGGGAGAUAUUAUUGCAGCGUGGAGAUUUGAUUAGUUUACCAAUACAGGUUUUCGAAAUGAUCCACAUGAACACCUACCAAAGCACCAUAGUCCAGAAAUACUCCAAACUCAGUUGUCUGCUAGAACUGGACGCAGCCACAGCUAGUCAUCUACAUCGCGAAGCUUUCUCCAACACCGAAGUCGCGAUAGCCAAAGAGCGCCUGUGUAGACUGCAAGAGCUUCAAAAUAAACUCGAAUCGAUUUGGAAAAGUGUCAGGUGGUUGGCGGACGUCAUCACUUUCGCCCGAGACAAAAACAUCGGCUGUAUUUGCAUGAGGCACAUUCUAGAAAAGGAAAUCGGUGUAGCCACAAGUCCCAAAAGAGACUUGUUACAAAUACCGCCUCCUAAAGUGGUCAAAACUUCACCAGGAAGAGGUUCGUGGCCAGGACCGGGUGGCAGUAGCAUGAGCCCGCAAAGCAAUUUAAUAACUGAGCAUAGUAAAAGCGAGCAACACCUAAAUAUCAACGGAAGCGUGUCGCAUUAUUUAAGUGCUUACAGUGAUCAAGAUUCUCGUAAAAAUAGCGAUAGUUUCGCUAGUGCUAGUGAGUACUUGUCACAGCUGAAUCCUAGCAGAAGUGAAGAUGUGCUUUUUGCAGUGCCAACAUCUAAUAAUGCAAGAAAUAGAUCUAUAACAAUGCCAAGUUGCUCCAUGAAUACUAGUCCUUUAUUAAAUGUCAGGCCCCUGUAUGGGGGUAGUUUGGUUAGUGUUAACACUAUAAACACCACAGACAGUAUGCAUAGCUUAAGCUCAGACAGUGAUCACACUCAUCCAAUAGGAACCUCCACGCCUCAAAACAAACACAAGCCAAAAAUGGUUCCUAGCAAAAGCAUGGCAAACGUAAAGCAGAAUUUUUUAGAACCAACCAACGGAGAUCACAAUGUAAUGUUUCUCACCGUAGAUCACGCAGCUCCGCCUGUUAGAAAUCUGGAAACUAGCCUAUCCAAAAGCCUAACAAACAUACAAACUAUAUCUGAUUUUGAUUUGGGCAAGCCCUAUCCACAACCUCCGGCAGAUUCACCCAAUUGCCCAGUGGUGUUUCCAGAAAUUUUCAAUUUGCCCAGUGACGAUCCAGAACCCUAUGCCAAAGACAACUAUGAUAUUUUACAAAUAUAUGCAGCCUAUGAAACCGGUCUAGUGAUUGGUACUAGUUUAAAGGUCUAUGUGACACCUAGAACCACUGCCCGAGAGGUUGUUAAUGUAGUUGUGAGGCAAUUGAAUAUGGCGGUAAUUCUCAAAGGCAAAAAAGGCCCUAUUUACAAUAGAGACAUGUUGAAGAAUUUUUGUUUGGUGGCUAUAAUUGGUGCCAGAGAAAGAUGUUUGAGGGAUGAUUUCAAACCCUUAUUAUUGCAGAAUCCUUGGAAAUUGGGUAGAUUGUAUGUUAGGAGAAAACAUGACGUUUUAGCUGCGUUGGAUCAUAGCAGCAAAUUGGAUCGGAUUGAGAGGAUAGAUAGGAUUUAAGGGAUAUAAUCCUGGAAAAUUUAGUCAAAUUGAAAUGGUGCUAGAUUUCUUAUGAAUAAUAUUAGCUAAGAAGAAAAAAAAUCUAUUUGUUGCCUAUAUAAUUAUUAUUAUAAACAAAAAGGACUAAUUGUUGUAAAUAGAUGUGCAUCUCUGAUGUUACUAAUUGAUAUUAAAUAAUGGCGUUAGAGAUAUUUUAAGACUGUGAUGACGAAUAUAAUUUACUGUUGUGGUUGGAUAUUGGAUGUGGGUGGGCCAAUAUCCACCAGCAAAUUGUUAGGACCACAAACUAAGAAUUUAUUAGGUAUUCUUGAGUAGAUUGUUCAGAAAAAUUAUACCGCCUCUAGAGCAAUCCUAAACGAUAUUUUAUCAGGAAAUCAAACCAACAUUAUACGUCCGAUUUGUAAACGAAUAAGUAAAAUAUAUGCUUUGGAGCUUUAAAUAUGGUAGAUUAUUGUUAGCAACAAUUUUUGCCUUGUAGGUUAGCUAGUCCCAAUUUCGAAAAUUAUUUUUAGAACCUUUUUCCCAAAAUUUAUUUUAAAUUAAAUAAAAAUUAUUGCUAGUUUUGUGAUUUACGAUAGUGUAUUAUUAAUUAAGAGUAUACAAAACAAAUUUUAGAGGGUAUUUUAGGAUAUUGUUGUAUUAAAAGAAGUCAUAUCAAGAUGAUUUUUCUCAAAUCACCUACUAUUAGUUCGUAAGCACUUAUUUUAGUACAAAGAAAGUUAUAUUUUUAAUUUUUUUUACAAAUGCUUUAUUUUGUAUCUAAUGAGGAUUCAAUUUUUUAGUUUAUUUUUGAGAGUGUGCUGCUCUGUAUAUGAUUGUAAGUGAGCGACUUGUCUCUUGUCUCGAUAUUGUAUAGAUAAUUUUAGGUGAACAGGUGCAGAAUUAAUACAAAAAAUGCAUCAACAAUUUCCGAAUUUUCCCAUUAAGGUAUCAAAAAUUUCAAGAAAUGAAUCUUUGUCGCUCAUUUAUUUAUCAAUACCUUUUUUCUUGGAUGCUCUUGUGAUGUAAGCAGGACUUUAUUUAGGGCUGGAUGAGAUCUGUAUAUAGAAAAUAAGUAAUUAUAAAGUUCAUGUGUAAUAAAGAUGUUUGAAAAAUAGAAAA